GGCGUUUUGUGAAGCAACCAUAACAUAACAAUGACUGAAAGCAACACAAUCAAUUUUAAAGAUGAGACGUGGCGGCCUCUAUCCUCACUCCGAGAAACAACCAAACAGCUUCCCCUGAACUUAUAGUCAACAAUGGAAGACAAUUCAACGCCUUGUUCCUUUGACUUUAAACGACCAUACAUACCAUCUCAUUCAUACUACGUACUAAAUAGUGAAAUAAUCUCCAACCUCCCUGCACAACUUCUGUUUUCUUCUCAAUCCAUCUUCAUCCGUGUGCAUCCAUGCACGUUUCGAGGCAAUUCGUUUAAUUUUUCUCCAGGCCCUAACUGGACUCUCAUCUAAAGCUGCUGUCUAUUUUACCCAAUUUUAUUUGGCUGCUUCUUGGUUAAUCAACAAGCCAUGGGUUGCUUUUCUCUUCUAUACCGUAACCGUGGCAAGUUGAACUCAUCCACCACACAUUCAUCGGAAUUCGAUGAAGAUCUCUAUGGCAUAAGAAAUGUGAACGUCUUCUCCUACAAGGAUCUAAGAGUUGCCACCAAUAAUUUCUGUCCUACAAAUAAAAUUGGAGAGGGCGGCUUUGGCUCUGUUUAUAAGGGUAGGCUUAAAAAUGGGAAGAUGGCCGCAAUAAAGGUUCUUUCUGCUAAAUCAAAGCAGGGAUUGCAAGAGUUCUUGACAGAGAUUCAAGUGAUUUCCGAUAUAGAACAUGAAAAUUUGGUCAAGCUGUAUGGAUGUUGUGUGGAAGAUGAGCAUAGAAUUCUUGUCUACAAUUAUCUUCCGAACAAUAGUCUUGGUCAUUCCCUUCUAGGUGGAAGGGGCAGUGGCCUCCAUUUUGACUGGAAAACACGGUCAAAAAUUUGCAUUGGCGUGGCAAUGGGACUGGCUUAUCUUCAUGAACAAGUGAAACCGCAUAUUGUCCACAGAGAUAUAAAAGCAAGUAAUAUUCUUCUUGACAAUGAUUUGACGCCCAUGAUAUCUGAUUUUGGUUUAGCAAAGCUCAUUCCACCAGAUAAGAGUCAUAUCAGUACACGUGUUGCAGGAACUUUAGGUUACUUGGCACCAGAAUAUGCAAUAAGGGGUCAGUUGACGCGUAAAGCAGAUGUUUAUAGUUUUGGUGUUCUUCUAAUUGAAAUCAUAUGUGGGAGAUGCAACACAAACACAAGAUUACCCAUUGAGGAACAAUAUCUCCUUGAAAGGAUAUGGCAACUUUAUGAAAGAGGAGAGCUGGUACAACUUGUAGAUUCAUCAUUGGAUGGGAAUUUUGAUGCAGAACAAGCCUGCAGAUUCUUACGAAUUGGACUUCUUUGCACUCAAGAUACCCCUAAGCUUCGGCCUUCAAUGUCACGUGUUGUGAAGAUGUUAAAAGGGGAGAUGGAGGAGGAGAAGGAUAAUAUUACAAAGCCUGGGCUGAUAACUGAUUUCAUGGAUCUCAAGAUUAAAGACCCUCAGAAAACCAAGCCUGCAAGUGUUAAAGCUGCGUAUGAUUAUAUAUUAUCUUCAGAAUCUGAUAGUUCAACUUUGCCAUCUCAAGCUUCUUCCCAGACCUUGACUACAAUCGAUUAAAGUACCGAGUGUCUGGGUGCCAAUAUUUUAAAGCGAUUUAGGCGGUGAGGGACCUUGUAACUUUCGUUGAUUCCUUUUUAGUUUCCGGGAAAGUAUGGAAGUAUAUAUAGAUCAUAGUUGUGCAUACACAUAUAGCCUGUCUAUAUUCUUAUUUUGUGAUCACAAUCUCUGAACAAUGGUUUGGAGUUUUAUUUUUCUUGUCCUAUAUUUUCCAAUGAGUAUUUUAGACUUAGGAUUGUGGGCUUCCUAUACCAAACAAACUACUCCGUAAUAGCUUGAAAAUAAGUAGGUUUGG